AUGUCUAAGAUCCCUGCUCAGCUGCUGGAGAAGGCAAUUGCCUCGAUCGUGGACGAGAAGAAGGAACGUAAAUUCCUGGAAACGAUUGAGUUGCAAGUGGGCAUCAAGGACUACGACACUCAGCGUGACAAGCGUUUCGCUGGCACGGUGAGGCUUCCUCACGUCAUCUCCCCCAACCGCUCGGUUUGUGUGUUGGGAGACCAAUUGCACUGUGAGGAGGCGAAGGCCGCUGGAAUACCGUCGAUGGACGUGGACCAGAUGAAGGCGCUCGACAAGAAGGCGAAGCUCGUCAAGAAGCUUGCCCGGAAGUACGACGCCUUCAUCGCAUCCAACGUACUCAUCCCCCAAAUUCCGAAGCUAUUCGGACCUGGACUGAACAAGGCGGGCAAGUUCCCGACCAUACUCACCCAUAAUGACCGUCUUGUCGACAAGGUCGCAGAGGUCAUGUCUUCAGUCAAGUUCCAGCUCAAGCAGGUCUUAUGUUUGGGAGUUGCCAUUGGCAACGUCAACAUGACAAAACAACAAAUCAGGGAGAAUGUAUCUAUGGCUAUUAACUUCCUCGUCUCUCUUCUCAAGAAGAACUGGAAUAACAUUCGAUCCAUUACCAUCAAGUCCACCAUGGGCAAGCCCCAAAGAAUCUACGGCUAA